AAAAGAGGAAAAGACCAGUUGGGUUUUCCCUUGGAAACAGCCAGCCGCAGAUCCAUUCUUUUCCAAUUCACUUGGACGCAUCAGUUCGUUGAGUUCCUGGUCAAUUAGCCAUAGUAGUUUUCUUUUUCAUUCCUUCUUUGUGAAUUAGCCGCAAGAGUAGUAGUUUAUUUCUCCAGACUUAGCCGCAGCAGCACUCCAGAAGAUCAAUAGCAGUUCUUUUUGUUCUACUCAUUAAUUAGCAGCCGCAGAGUACAAGAGAACCUUCACUAUUCUUUCAAUUUCUUCCAAGUAAAUUUAGAUUCCAAGUAAUUUCAGCAUAUUAUACAUUACUAGUUAUUGAUCUUAGAUUGAAUUUCGAAUUUAUUUAUUUUCAGUUCUUUUAUCAUGUUUAUGAAUAUUAUUGUGAUGUUAAUUUUAGUUAUGAGUAGCUAAUUCCAUCUAGGGUUUGAAUUGGGGCUAGGGUCCAUGGGUUAUUGAGGGUGUGAAUUUAGUUUUUCUGAAAUUCAAUUAAUUUUCUGGAAAAUUGUAUAAGAUUAAUUAUAAUCGUCUAUAUGAAUUUGAUCACCUCAUAAAUGAAUUUAUGGAUUUAAUUCAAUUCUUGUCUAUGAGAAAUUGAGUUAAAUUAGCUUGGAUCUUAUACAAGCAAUCUGAUCUUAGAAUAACCGUUAGGAUUGUGAAAAUAUGAUUAAAGUCUUGUCUAUGAGAAUUAAUUUCAUUUUCUAUCUAGGAUUAAUUGAAAAUUAAUUCACUUAAUUCUAAUCCCGAAAGAACACCCAGAACCCGAACCAUCCAAUUUGAACCCUGUUUUAAUAUCUAGAAUCAAUUUAUUUUUACUCUAUUUAUUUUUCCACUUGCUGUUAGUUAAUCUUUUUUAAAACCAUUAAAAACAAUUAUUCGGAAAGAUUACCAUGACUUGUGCUAGCCUGUGAUCAUGGACUGUAUUUAAACUUCCUUUUUGCCACUCGUUGAGAGACGAUACUCGUGGUCUGGUUAUUCUACGGAUUAACCAACUAUGUUUUACUCACUAAAAAAAAAUACACCGAUCAAAUGGCGCCGUUGCCGGGGAGUGGCACAGUUGUUUGUUAAGUACUUUCUGUGGAAUAUGUGAAAGCAAGUCGGUGAGACUUUUAAUUUUUUUCUGUUAUUUGUUUGUCGUUUUUGGUGUUCUUGCACGUGAACUAAGUUGCAGGAACCGGUGUAUGCACACACGUACUCGGGAACUGAAGGCUUGAUCCCAUUGAAUCCAAACCCCAAGAGUAUUUUGAGAAGAAGAAAAGGAAGGUCAAGAAACAUGGCCGGAGAACAACAACCCGCAAGGAGGACAAUGUAUGAACAAAUUACUCCGCAAUUUGCAUAGAUUUACGGAAUAACCAUGCAGGGCAUUGAAGCUGCAAAUUACCAACUAUCUCCCGGGUUAAUCAAUCUAGCCCAGAGUAACCAGUUCGGAGGGAUGAGACAUGAAGACGCCCAGACACAUAUGUGUUGGUUCAAUCGUCUCUGUCGGACCUCCCGAAUCAAUGGAGUUUCUGAAGCAACUAACAAACUACUUUUGUUCCCAUUCACUCUAAGGGACAAGGCUCAACACUGGCUCGAUAGCCACACUUUUGCCACCUGGGAUGAAUUAUACCAAGCUUUCAUGAAACAGUACUGCCCAACAUCCGCAGGAAUCAAAGCCAAGGUGGCCCUCCAGAACUUUAGACAAGGGAGGAACGAGACAUUGAGUGAGGCUUAGGAGCGGUACAAGGAGCUUCGAAUUAAUUGUCCAUCCAACAUCAUGGAGAGCGUGGACACCAUAUUUCACUUCUACAAUGGGCUGUCCAUUGAGAGCAAAAAGGAGUUGGAUUACUCUUCUAAAACAGGUUCAAUCCUAAGGCUGACAUUAGAAGAAGGUGAAGAACUGAUAGAGACUAUUACCUCAAAUGAGAGGUACUGGUAUGAUGAGUGAAGUGAAAGAGCUCCACAGAAGGCGGGAUUAUAUGAGAUUGAUUUUAGUACAGCUGCUGCCGCAAAACUGGAUGCUCUUGUCCUAAAGUUUGAGAAACUCUAUGAAGCCCAGGCGCAGAACCAAUACCAAGGUGGCCAGGGGAUGAACCAGAGGAGUGUCCGACAUAUGCCAAACCAGAAUCCAGUGAGAGACAUGGUGCUUUCGUGUGAUCAUUGUUUCAGAGCCCACCUGACCAAUUCAUGUCCCCAAUUCUUUGAAGAGCCUAAUUCACCUCAGGAAGUGAAUCUUAUGGAGUAUGCUAAGAAAGUAGAGGGUCCACUAGCACCUCAAUACCAAGGAAACCGGGGUAGCUUUGCUGGCUACAACAACCAUAGGAAUAAUUUUCAGAGUGGUGCAAACCAGUGGAGAGAUAAUAACCGCCAAGGUGGGUACCAACGAGACCAAGGAAGUGGUAGCAACCAGCCUUAUGUGCCCCCACAUAUCAGGCAACAUGAUAAUUCAGCUCAUUCCCAACUAGAUUCGGUGCUUGCAGAGCUGAUACGGGCUAGAGAAGAAAAUGAAUUAAGAGAUAAAAGGGCAAGGGAGGAAAAGAUAUUGAUGGAGCAGCGGUUGAGCAACCUUGAGCUGCAACAUGAGCAGCGAGUACGGGAACUAGAGAACAGACUCUUUGCAGGUCCUUCCGGGAGACAGUCUGGAAGCCUUCCAAGUUCAACAGAACCCAAUCCGAGGGAGCAUGUGCAGGCUGUUACGCUACGAAGCGGGAGAACCCUUCCAGAAGAUUAUACUCCGCCAUUGCCUCAACAAGAUGAUGACCAGCAACCUUAAGCAACCUUAAGCCAAGAGUAAUGAAGCUCAAAAAGAAUAUUCUCAGAAGAAAGCGGAGAGUAGGAAGACUCCACCCCUCCCGUUCACUACACGGGUGAAGAAGAGCAAUGAUAACACAAAUCUGGUCAGAUUUAUGGAGCAUUUGAAGCAGCUGCAUAUUAAUGUGCCGUUCAUGGAAGCUCUGACGGAGAUGCCAAGGUACGCGAAGUUUCUGAAGGAAAUCCUCACAAGAAAGAGGAGGUGGGAAGAGCCAGAAGUGGUGAAUCUCAAUGUAGAAUGUUCAGCAGUUGUUCUGAAGACCAUGCCUCCGAAGCGAAAAGAUCCAGGGAGUGGUAAUGAAAUCGUCAACAUUAAUAGAUUUCAGACAUAAACUUGAGAAAGAAAAAACGCACUUUGAAUAGUAAGUCAUAAUCCUUGGACAUAAGAAUCGCAUGAGACAUUAAAGUUAAUUGGACUACUCCUAUUAGGUUGACCAUUUAGGAUAGAAUCUUGUGUCUUAACAUGGUAGCAGAACAAAGUUCGGUUGUGGUUUGACUGCUUGUUUAGCACCCAUGAUUAAUUGUAGGGAAAGUUCCCGAAAU